UGUAAUUACAAAAUUAAUAUUCAAUAAAAUUGUCGAAUAUCAAAAAAAGUAAUUGCAAACAUGAAGCUACUGGAAAGUACACGUUUUGAAGCAAUAAACAAUGCAUUAUCCAUAACAACUGGAGAUAGCAAGAUUAUUGGAAGGAUUGAAAGCUACUCCUGUAAAAUGGCUGGAAAUGAUAAACAACUGUACAAACGUUUUAAUGCCGAACAAGGUGUAACUCCGCAUGAUUUUCAAGCCCUGUCACCACCUCAAACUUCUCUUGGCACAUCUCCGGGACAUAGUUACUUUCGCCGUAGCAUUACCAGUGAUGAUGAUGGCCCACUAUGCGACACGAUUAGUCGAAAAACAUUGUUUUAUUUAAUAGCAACGCUGAAUUCAGCAUUUUUUCCAGAUUACGACUUCUCAGAUGCAAAAAGUCAUGAAUUUAGUAAAGAACCGAGUUUACAAUGGGUUAUGAAUGCUGUUGAUAGUAAUUUAAGUGCAACGGCAGGAGAUCAUUAUCGUACGCUAAGAGCUGCGCUUUGGGCUACAAUUGAAGAUGAGAUAUCUAUGAAUGAAUGUGAUAUUUAUAGUUACAAUCCUGAUUUAGCAUCUGAUCCUUUUGGGGAAGAUGGCUGCUUAUGGUCAUUUAAUUAUUUUUUUUAUAAUAAAAAACUGAAAAGAAUAGUAUUCUUUACAUGCAGAGCAAUAAACCCACUAUAUGCGGUUGAUUCUGGUAUUGUUAGUGAUUUCACAAUGGAUGAAGAUGAUGAAGAUAUUUAUUAGAUAAAAAUUUCUUUCAUGCAACUACAAAAUUUACAAUAUAUUUCAGUUAUAAACUUGUUAAUGGCAAAGCAAUUAAUGCAUUGUCAUACUGUAAAUCUCAUUUUGUUCAAUAAUUUUUCUAAAUUCAAUAAUACUAUGAAAUUGUAUUGUUGCAUUUAAAAAUUAAUAAUUUGAAGUAGGAAAACCAAUUAUAUCUGUGCGCGCGCGAAUGUGUGGGUGUGUAAG